GGCGUCACAGAGAGGGGGAGGAUUUACGUGUGGACAUAAAGUGUCUUUCCCUUCACGGUGGUGCUGGAUCUCUGACCGACUGUACCGGAACAUUCAGGACCCGACGAUUAUUAAGCCGACAGUGUUAGCGCGCGCACGCAGAUGUGUCAGGACUGGUUUAACAGACUGCGGCAAACCCGCCUGCUCCGGUAACUAAUUCGAGUGCAUGUGUGGAUUUGCGCGUUCCUGUGACAGAGAGUGUAAGUGACACGGGGAUAAAUCCCACGUGAGCUCAUCUAAAUCAUAUCCAUCCCAGCACCCACGGUACGAAAAGCGCAGCCAAGCUCAGCUCUCCCGCGGUCUGCGUCCCCUGCCCUGCGGUGUGAGGAAGAGGUCACUAACAGUCGACCAGCAUCGAGCACCGGCUCUAUCUUUCACAUGGGCGAAGACGAGGAGCGUUUCUGCGCCCAGACACGCCGCGGAAGAAACAAAGAGAACGGAGAGUGCGGAGCACCUGUGGACCCGGACAGAGAGCAAAGAUAUGCGGAGCUGUUCGAGCAGCUGGACUUGAAUAAAGAUGGCAGGGUAGACAUCAGCGAACUGAAGACCGGACUGGCAGCUCGUGGUUUACACCAGAGAGAGGCAGAGGAGAUUGUCCUCGAGAGUGACAUAAACCAUGAUGGUCUGCUGGACUUCCAGGAGUUCUCUCAGUAUCUGCGGGCUCAUGAGAAGAGGUUACAACUCAUGUUUCACAGCCUUGACCGCAACAAUGAUGGUCGGAUCGAUGUGGGGGAGAUCCAGCACUCUCUGCAAAAGCUUGGAGUGGAGGUCACCAUGGAGCAGGCCUCCAGAAUACUGCAGAGUAUGGACAGGGAUGGCACUAUGACCAUUGACUGGAAUGAAUGGCGUGAUCACUUCCUGUUCAACCCCUUCCACAACAUGGAGGAGAUUGUCCACCACUGGAAGCAUUCCCAUAUGUUGGACAUUGGGGAACACCUGACGGUGCCAGAUGAGUUCUCAGAGCAGGAGCGGCGGUCAGGUCUGGUUUGGAGGCAGCUGGUGGCUGGAGCCAUGGCAGGGGCAGUGUCCCGGACAGGAACUGCUCCUCUCGACCGGCUCAAAGUCUUCCUGCAGGUUGAUAUAAGAAGACUGACUGUCCUUGAUGGUGUCCAGGUACACGGCUCUAUGUCUCAAGGGAUUAAUCUGUGGUCUGGACUAAGGGGGAUGGUCCAAGAAGGAGGCAUCUUCUCACUCUGGAGGGGAAAUUGUAUCAAUGUCCUCAAGAUUGCCCCCGAAUCUGCCAUUAAGUUUAUGGCCUAUGAACAGAUCAAGUGGGUGAUCCGAGGCAAUAAAGAGGGGUGCAGUUUAAGGGUACAAGAGAGGUUCAUUGCUGGCUCUCUGGCAGGAACUAUUGCCCAGACAAUCAUCUACCCAAUGGAGGUUCUGAAGACUCGUCUGACACUAAGGAAAACGGGACAAUACUUGGGUAUGGCUGAUUGUGCAAAACAGAUCCUGAAGACAGAGGGAGUCCGAGCUUUCUACAGGGGCUACCUGCCAAAUACACUGGGCAUCAUUCCCUAUGCAGGCAUCGACUUGGCUGUUUAUGAGGUCAGGAAAAGGGUCGUGGGACAAACUUUAACUCAGGAUUCUUCCAGUCCAGGGUCUGUCAGCCUUCAUGAGGGGUUGUCCUGUGGGGGUUUAAAGCAGAGCGAGAGGUCAGUCCUUUUUCCAGCCUAUCUCCUUACAGAACCCCACAACUCCUGCAGUGUUGUCUCUCUGGUCCUUUGUUCCUCACCCCCCUCCCCCAUGUGGCCUUGGGCUGACUCUCUUAAUGCCUUCCCCUGAUCACCUGAUGGGCUGUAGGUGUGACCAGUUCCAUGUGCCAAGUGGCUGCAGCACUUGAACAGGCAGAUUGACUCACUCUAUCACCUCCCCCAAUCUGAGCCUGAGCCUAUUGACCCGCCCCCUGAGCCGGAUUGGCUGGUCUGUUUCCCCUGGUUUGCUACACUGUGUCUAUAAUGUGUGUGGAAGGUAACAGGCCUAUUACUGGUGUGGGAAUGUCUAAAAUAUAUAUGCAUACAAAAAUGUUCAUCCAGGCCAAAGAAAUCAGGAGGUUUGUUAAAUUCUCAAGAGAAAUGGUGAAUUUUACACUUUACAGAAGGUAAUGAAGAGUAUAUUUAAGAAACAUCAUCACUCAUUCAUACCAUUUGAUGAGACAUUGAAUGCAACAAAGACUGGUGUCCACGCUACUGCAGAGUUUGUGAGCCUCUAAAACCUUUGGAAAUGCUGCUGGUCCCAUUGUAGUUUGGGUUGCAGAACUGCAUUGUUGCUUCGCUUUGCUUGCGUUGUGUGCAGUAAAAGCUGAGAAAAGCAGCCAAUCAAAUCAUGUUCAAUGCAAAUACGGGUUCUGGCUGCCCGUCAAAAUACAUUAGAGAUUUAUUAUCGUGUUGGGGAAUUGCCCUGUUCUUUAUGAUUGGGCAUUAUUUACUUACCCAGAAACAAACCUGAGAAACCAAGUCAGGAGAAAAAAGUCAGGGGCAACCGGUGUACCAAGCUGACCUCUUGACCUAUGUUGUGUGUCCCGAGCGGGAUACUGUGAUUGCUUGUUGUCAUGGCGAUCAUGCCAGCACCAAGAGUCAGGCACACCCACCGCUGAGCGUUAAAGCAACACGUAAGUGUGAGUUAUACAUUACUGUCAGUAAUCCCUGCUCUUACUUUCCACCAUUGCUGUUCCUCGUCAGUAGUAUUUACUGUAACUAAGCAACUAGACAAUCAUCUUUUACACCCGCACACAAGACCAGUGUAUGUUAUAUGCAUUUUUAGGUGUGUUGAUAUGAACAGAGAUUAUUUCUGUUAAGGAGCUAAAAUGCACAUCUGAAUGGAGAUUGUUAAUCAUUUGUGUGUGGACUCCAUUUGGAAAGCAUUUCCUGACAUGUUCAUCACAUUAACUUUAUAAGAUUGUGUCAGAUGUUUUCUUGUUGGUCUGCCUCCAAGUGGCCAAAAUAAUCAGUAAAUGCAGCUUUAUUUGGGCCUCUGAUUUUAAUAAUGGCAUCAGGUAUUGAAUUUCAGAUGUUUGUUUUUUUACUUUACUACAAUUUGCAAUUCAGCGGUUUUAACUGAAGUGGAAACCACAAAAGAUAAUUCAAUCUAAAAUCCAUUAAUUUUAACCUGAAAAAACAAGAUGAUUUUGGUAGAAAUUAUAUCACAACAUACAAGACAAAAGGAGGAGGACGAGGUGGAGGAAGAAGAGGUGGAGGAAGAAGA